CGCUAGGGGGAAGCAGUCAUAAUUUAAGCCUCACUGCGCAUGCCCGAUAAGCAUUAUUCUACAAACAUGGCGGCAUCCUACGUGACAGCAGUCAGGACGGCACUUAAAGGUGCACACCUGGUUCCCGGCCGGUGGCUCCUUGCGCAGAGGUGUCGGACCCCGGCAGUGUGUCAGUACUCGCGGCUACACGUCUCCCCUGCUGCCGCCCUGUGCGCCUCCAAGACGGAACCGCAGAGGAGCCGCCAGUCCUCCGGUGCACCCGGUGCCAGCACAGGCGACCGGAGAGCCGAGGAGGAGGAGGAGGAGGAGGAUGAGGGUCCUGAAUACAUCCCUCAGAGAAAGGCGAGGAACCCCAUGAUGGUGAUCGGCUAUGCCUGGAUGAUCGGUCUGCCCACCGGUAUCAUUGGCUUCAUCCUGGCCAAGAGACAAGUGGACAAGAACCGACUGAAGCAGCUGAAGGUCCGUCAGAGGAUGAAUCGGUCCAAUGAGGGAGACUACGCAGGAAGCCGCUACCACAACGACGCACAGGACGUCAAAGUGGACCAAUGACGCCCAUGAAUGUCAGCUCUUCUGAACUAAAGCCCAAAGACUGAUCACAGGAAGAUAUCGACUUCAUUAAGCUCCAGUUUAUAAAAAGGAAAACUUCAUAGGACUCCUCCUUUUUGAGGAGGAGGCAGCAGGAGAUCUAAGGAAGGUGCUGAAGGCUGUGCCUUUAAUCAGGACCGUUUUCUUUCUUGCUCAUGAACAAAGAUCUAAUAUCCUGCAUUUGCUGAAUGAUCCCAUAUAUCUUAGCCAUGUUUGCUGAUGUUCUGUAAAUAUAAUAAAGGAAAUGUUUAUUUAUGAUAAACAUUAUCAUUAACAGUACAAACCACAUCAAAACUCCUCACUACACGUUUAUUUCAUAUUAGAAGUCAAACAAUGGAUAUUUACCUUAACAAACGCAUACCCCACUGUGUGUGCAGCAUAUUCCAAGAGUUUUUAUGAUUCAAAGGACCUAUAUAACAUGGGGCUAUACUUAUAAAAAUAUAUCACUAUGCCACAGUAUAGUAUAUAUCAACAGAGUCCUAAAAGGUUGGAAAGUAUGUUGAAAAUCCUAAAAUAAAUGCUAUUUAAAAAAGUGAUAGUCCUACUAUUGUAUUUUGAAAAAGUAUAAGUACAUAUAGUAUAUUAAAAAAUAAAGUUUGCGAAGCAUUUUGAAAGCUAACAAGUAGGCUAUCAAACUAAU